UUUCGUAUUUCCCAGUGCCAUUGGAAGCAGCACGAGAGUCAAACCAUUGACACAUCUAUUCUGCAUCAAGCUAAAAAGGCUCAGCAUGUCUGAGAAAGAGCUGGGGAAAAAGUGGGACCGAUGCCUGGCGGAUGGUGUUAUUAAGCUUGGCACGGGCCUGGGCUUAGGAAUUGUCUUUUCGGUCGUCUUCUUCAAACGGCACACAUGGCCCAUUACACUGGGUUCGGGAAUGGGGAUUGGCAUGGCUUAUGCCAACUGUCAGAAUGACCUGAGGUUACAUUACUGGCUGCAUAAAAAGGAUCAAUAGUCUCAAGGCAUGGAGGGAUUGUCUUUUUUUUAUUUUUUAAACAUCUUGAAUUGUUUGGCUUGUGUGGGAGUCAACAUUUGCGCUCAUCUCCUAUUGGACGCCGAUGUCCGCUUGUUGGACAAAGACUGUCUCCCAGUA